GUUUCUCUAUUAAUACCUUUCCUUUCGUCGAAGAUCAGGACCGUACUGUACUUUACUCUAACCCCCCAAAACAAAAGUUUUCUCUCCUCCCCAUCUUCCUUUAAAAAAAUGCGUAUGAGCUGUAACGGAUGUCGAGUUCUUCGAAAAGGCUGCAGUGAAAACUGUAGCAUAAGACCGUGUCUCCAAUGGAUCAAAUCCGCCGAAUCUCAAGCCAACGCCACCGUCUUCCUCGCAAAGUUCUACGGUCGUGCCGGCUUAAUGAACCUCCUCAGCACCGGUCCCGACCACCUCCGUCCUGCGAUAUUUAGAUCGUUGUUGUACGAAGCAUGCGGAAGGAUUGUGAAUCCGAUUUACGGAUCGGUCGGCAUAUUAUGGUCUGGAAACUGGCAUCUUUGUCAAGCAGCCGUGGAGGCGGUGAUGAGAGGCUCUCCGGUGACUCCAAUCGCAUGCGACGCGGCGGUUACUGGUCAAGCUCCUCCUUUCAACAACAACAAACUCUUUGACAUAAGACACGUGUCUAGAGACGAGAACGCCGUGAAGAGCCGGUGUCGUUCGAGCCGUAGUGGUGCAUGCAAAGAAGGGAGAAACGUGAGGUCGUCGCUUAGUCACGAGUCGUCACUGAGUCAUGAGUCUGCGGUGGUGAAAGGUGAAGGAAGUAUGGUUUCGUCAGAGGAGACGACGGAGGAACCGAGUUGGAUCGGGCUUGAGCUGACUUUGGGGUUGGAGCCGUCUGGCGCACGUGGGAGUCACGUGGUGGUGCCGAUUAAGAAACGGAAGUUGGAGAAGUCUGGCACGUGCGAUGAUGAUGCGGAUACGUGUAAGAUUGAGCUUGGACUCGUGUGCAGCGAGUGAAAAUGAAAUGGUCUCUCUUUUGCUCGUCUUAGAAGUUUCUUUUGGUUCUGUGUUGAGUUUGGUGUACAAAUAGAGAUUAACGAAUCUUUCUUUCUUUGUUUCUGGAUUUUAAAGUUUCUUUGUUUACUGUUUUUGCAUGUUCGGUGUUCUUCACAAGUGUGUAUG